CGCUGACCUCCUGAUAUCAGUCGCUUGCCUUUUUUAUGGAUCCACAAUGUACGUGAAGCAUUGUAUUGGUACUCUUAUUGUGCUCAUUGCUUUCUUUUGUCAAGUCUGGAGCCAAGAGACAACAAAUGAACCACCCAAGCAGAGACCCACAAAGGAUAUUUAUUUGGGUAUAGGUUCAUGGGCGGAUCUACCAUGUACAGAUGGAAUAAGUGAAGGUUUACAAUGGAGACGAAAUGGAUCCUUGGUGGGCUCAGGCCCUGUUCUAAACAUACGCAAUGCCAGCCUUGGAGAUAAAGGCAUCUACACAUGCCAUGGCCCUAAUGGAGAUACCAUUGAGAUGCUCCAUCUGCACUUGGGCUAUGCUCCAUCUCCACCAGAAGUGCAGUGCUGGAUUCCUAGUUAUCCAUUAAAAGCCCUGUGCUCCUGGACUCAGACGCCAGACCCUUUACUGCCAACUCAUUACAUCACCACCUACUGGUCUGAUAGUGAGGAGCAACUUCCAGCUGUGCAUUCAUGCCAGAAACAGAGAGAACAGGACAGGCAAUGUGUGGUAGAAGGAGUGGACCUUAACCCAGACACACAGUACCUGGUUAACAUCACAGCUGUCAACGCUCUAGGGAGCGCAACCCGUAUCCUGUCUAUCUCCCUUGAGGACAUCGUGAAGCCAGACCCUCCUGUUGACGUGAAGGCGACAGCUUUGCCAGGCAAGAAGGUCCAAGUUCAGUGGGCUCCUCCGCCAACCUGGACAGACCCUGUGACAUUCCCCCUCAAAUACAAAGUGCACUUCUACUGGGGCAAUCCUAACCUAGACAGCACCUUGGGUCCAUAUGAAACGGACAGCAUGGUUCGGAGCGGGCUCCCGGCAGGACGGACCUACCAAAUCCGCGUGUCUGCCAUGGACUUCCUGGGCUACGGCCUGAGCAGCGAGUGGAGUGACCCUGUGAGCAUAACUCUACCAAAGAGCUGAGCUGCACAGCCACCUAAACGUUUAGCAUGAGAGGAAAAUUGUAUAACUUGUGUAACAUGGGUGCACCCAUUCACCUCUCUAGAUAUUAAAAUGAAUGUCAUUUUAAUAAAGAUUUAUCAGCAGA